AAAGUGGGAGUUUGUCAUCGUGAUUUUUUUUUGUUUUGCACAGAAAAGUUGAUAAAUGGAAAAGGAAACACCGGGAAAUAUAAAUAAAACAGGGUUGGGGUGAGCGAAAGAGUGAGAGAGAGAGAGCUAUGGGUGCGCAGAGAGGAGGGGAAGACCUGUUACUUACUGCUGUGCCAACUGCGCGCGUCCACAAGCGCACAGAAAUAUUCUCUGCUCGAAUCAAAAUACCAACAUCCUGAUUCUUUCUCUUAUGAAGUUUGCAAGAAAAUGCUUUUAUUUCAUUUAUUAGUAUUUUGAAGUGAACGAGCGUCCUCUUUUGACACAAAGGGCACCUGCGUCUCCAUGCGCCUUAUUUCAUAACGCUCCCAACGCCAUUAAAACGCCAUUUAAAUGUUUUGAGGCUUGUACCGCGAGCAUGUGGACGUUACCGAGGACCCGGUUCGCACACUGUAACGGUUCGUCGAGCAGUGAUGAGAAAGAAAUUGCCGUUAAUAUCGGCGGCGUGCGCCUGGUGUUGUGCGGGGAUCUCUUGAACCGUUAUCCGGAGAGCAGGCUCGCCGAACUUGUGAACUGUUCAACCCGGAGUUUUGAUGUGAUUUCCUCACUUUGCGAUGACUACGACCCAGGGAAAAGAGAAUUUUACUUCGACAGAGAUCCGGACUCGUUUAAAUGCAUCGUUGAAGUGUACUACUUUGGUGAGAUCCAUAUGAAGCGAGGUAUUUGUCCUAUUUGUUUCAUCAAAGAAAUGGAGUUUUGGAAGAUUGACUUGAGCUACUUGGAUGAAUGCUGCAAAAGCAACUUGAAUGAGAAGGAGGAAGAGCUGGCAGAGAUUGCUGAUAAGGUGAAAAUGAUUUUGGAUGAUCUGGACUGUGACCCUGUGGUGAGCCGCACGGAGAGGUGGCAGAAGUUCAUCUGGAAGCUCAUGGAGAAACCCGAGUCAUCGCUUCCCGCGCGCGUAAUUGCAGUCAUGUCAUUCCUCUAUCUAGUGUCAUCGGUCGUUAUGUGUCUCGGGACAUUGCCGGACCUUCAGGUGGAAGACUCAGAAGGGAAUCGAGUUGAACACCCGACCUUGGACGCUAUUGAAACGGCAUGCAUCGGCUGGUUCACGGUGGAAUACGCGCUGCGCUUCGCGUCCUCCCCUAACAAGGUGCGCUUCGCUCUCUCCUUCAUGAAUAUUAUAGACUUCAUGGCCAUCUUGCCGUUUUACGUCGUGUUAAUUCUCACAUACCUCGGCACGGCCAUGAUGGAGCUGGCCAACGUGCAACAGGCGGUACAGGCGCUGCGCAUCAUGCGCAUUGCGCGCAUCUUCAAGCUAGCGCGCCAUUCGUCUGGCUUGCAAACUCUUACUUACGCACUGAAACGAAGCUUUAAGGAGUUGGGUCUGCUCCUCAUGUAUAUGGGUGUGGGCAUAUUUGUGUUUUCCGCCCUCGGGUACACAAUGGAGCAGAGUCACCCGGAGACGCUCUUUAGAAGCAUCCCACAAUCCUUCUGGUGGGCCAUCAUCACCAUGACCACCGUCGGAUAUGGGGAUAUAUACCCAAAGACCACUCUAGGCAGGUGCAACGCGGCCAUCAGCUUUCUGUGCGGUGUGAUCGCCAUAGCGCUGCCAAUACACCCCAUCAUCAACAAUUUUGUCAUUUAUUACAACAAACAGAGAGUGCUAGAGACCGCUGCCAAGCACGAGCUUGAACUCAUGGAGCUGCGCUCGCUCGAACUCGCCAUGAAGAGCGCCUCGCGCAGGUCUGACGCGCCCAGGAGAGCGUGGGAGGGUGCCAUGCGCGCGUCGCGUAGCGAUACAUACAUUCCGCUUCUUUCGGGAGCGCACAGAACUGAGAAGGAGGCCGUGAAGAAGAAAAACUCGACUUAAGACAAGCACAGAAAAAAGAACUCGAAAAGCACUUUAUAGGUCUAACAAGAAAUUGUGUUUUUAUGUUUAUUGUGCGCUCUUAACUGCUGUGCUUGUCCAAAGAGUGUGACUUUCAACCUGCUUGUUGUUUUUACUGACUGGACGCAAUUUCAUUGAUGCGUGAAAAAUCUCUUUAAAGUGUUAAUUUAGUCUUUAAUAAAAUAAAGUGCAUGUUAAACUUGA